AUGUAUAAGUACAGAUAUACAAGAAAAAAAGUCGAAACAUCGACGAUGAACCACCCAAUUGAUAGACUUUGGAUCGACGGAUGCUUUGAUUUCACCCAUCAUGGCCAUGCAGGGGCCAUUUUACAAGCUCGCAGCCUGAUUCCAGCGAGUUCCGACUCAAGUGUCUUGCUUUGCGGAGUGCACAACGAUGCGGAUAUCACGUAUAAUAAAGGAGGAAAGCCCGUUAUGACGCAGCUUGAACGCUAUGCACACACCCGCAGUAACCGUUGGUGCAGUGAAGUCGUAGAAGACGCACCUUAUGUGACCCAACCAAAAGUUUUGGACGCUCACAACUGCUGGUACGUGGUUCAUGGCGAUGACAUCACCACCGAUGCAAACGGUGAGGACUGCUACCAGGAGAUGAAAGAUAUGGGGAGAUUUUUGGUGGUCAAGCGCACUGAGGGUGUCAGUACUACAGAUAUAAUCCACCGUAUUCUGACUGGAGUCACGGUGGGUAGCGAUUUAUCGCUUUGCAAUAGCCAUAGCGCAGAACUUACACGAUAUGCAUCAAAUUCAGAUGGUCACAGACCAUGGUGCUUUGUCUUUGACGGCCAAGCUUCAGAGGACGCGAUGGUGGUACGCGGCGGGUUUGAUUGGCUUCCAGACAAUAUAGUGUACAUCGAGGGCGAUUUUGACCUUUUCCACAUUGGACAGAUUGACCAACUCGCGCAACUACGGGCUCGGUACGGCCCCGAAAGAAGAUUGGUGGUAGGAGUCUCGACAACGGACAAUUGCGUAAUGUCACCUCUUGAACGAGUACUUGGUGUGCUGAGCUGUAAAUACGUGGACGCAGUAAUAGUGGAACCCAAAAUUAAGCCUGAGGUGAAGGACCUUUGGGUUUUGGAUGACCCAGAUUUAAGGACUGGACCGUUCGCAUAUUUGGAUAAAGCCACCAUUUUGGAAAGAAUUGUAGCGGACCGCGACCAUUAUGUUGCACGCAACAUCAAGAAGGGCAUGUCCGGUUAUUAA